AUGACAUCUCGGCGGGGUGGGAGCGAGGGGUAUAAAAGUCCUCCCAGCCCUCCGAGCAGCGGUUCGGAGGACAAUGGUUUCACGAACCGGCCUCGGGUGGCCGGGCUCUACGUGAAGAACCUCAGCAGAGAGGAAUUGGACGAGCUAGCGAAGGAGGGUAUUUAUGGGCCCACGGGCAACCCGAACGACCGAGCCAGGGACGGCGGUAGUCAGAGAAGUCUUAAUCUGCCGGGUAGUAGGGAAGCUCUGGAUCAUCCCAGAGGAGUGACCUCUAGGACACCUCAGCCACCUAGGAGAUCCGCUGCCGGAGCCAGAUACCGUGAGCCCAGCGAACUAUCGGAGGACUUGGCGCGGAGGGAUCACCAUGGCUCGCUUCCUCUGGAAAGGGGAUGGUCAAGACGACUGGAGGAUCGUCCAGGCCGGGACUCGCCGGAGAGAUCCGCUCGAGGAUCCUCCGAGUUCCCCGUCGCCUGGAGAGAGCCAUUCGCCCGGCCAGGCGUUAGCGCAUCGCCCAGAGGAAGUUCCGUCGACGUGCGAGUCACCGGCGAGGAAGCUAGGAUUCAGCCGGCUGUUCAGCCACGUCGCUUCGCGGAGGGUCCCAGGCGUCCUCCGGAGGCACCCCCGCCCCGUGCCUCUCCGUCGGUGGGAACCUUCAUCGGGGAUCAAGCGACGCCGGGACCGAUGAAACGUUCACCACCACCGUACGCGGGUCUCAGUCCACCCGAGUACACCGAGGAGCCGCGGACGUCGAGGGCUGGUCCCAAGACCAUUACGAGCAGGUCCCAGCAGCUCGGCAGGGACUCGCCGUACGAACGUGCGACUUCACCGUUACCGGCCGACGACAAAGACUCUGAGAGUUCGAAGCUAGCGAGUCCGCGCGCCGACACCAGCAAGAUCGAGGACGUCCAUCUGAGUCCAUCGCGAACACCGGUGACCGGUGAGAAGCCGACCUCGCCGGACUCCAAGAAGAGCGAGUCACCACCGGUGAAGAGAAGCGGCUCCAGGGUGCAGGACAGGCUGCGGCCACCAUUGGCCGGCACCGCUGGGACCUCCGCCGACUCCGGCACCGGGGACUCUGGCAGCGCGGAGAUCCAGGCGGACGUAGCGAGCCCUCAAACGACGUCGGCCGAUAUUCUGGACGCCAACCUGGCGGCCAAGAUCGACGGCAGAUCGCCCGGCUCGAAGACACCCGGCGGCAAGGGCGGCAAGCAAACGGUCAAGCCGUUCACGAAGGAGAGCCUCGACAGGUUGGAGAACAAGACUGUGCAGUUAGUGCGCGACUAUGGCUUUCAACCGAAGAGAAAGAUGUCGGUGGAGGAUGGUGCAGUACUGCCAAACAAAUUCGAACCGUUCCCGACCGAGCUCUACGGCAGGCCACUGGAGGAGAUCGACAACUUCAUCUACGACGAGACAUUCUGCGUGGUAUCCAAGAGGUUCCGCAAGAACUACAUCCAUAGGUUUACGGCGACUAAUAGUUGGUUCAUAUUCUCACCGUGGAAUCCUAUACGGCGGUGCUGUAUCUUCCUAAGUACGAAUCAGUACUUCGAUUACGUGGUCAUGGCUACCAUACUUCUUAACUGCGUCUUCCUGGCCAUGACCGAAACCGUCGAGGAAGCCGAAUAUAUCUUCCUAGCCAUAUACACGGCGGAAAUGGUGAUAAAAUCAAUAGCGAAGGGAUUUAUACUGAACAAGUACACUUAUCUUCGGAAUCCCUGGAAUUGGUUGGACUUCGUGGUGAUUACCAGCGGCUACGCCACCAUCGGGAUGGAAGUCGGGAAUCUGGCCGGUCUCAGGACAUUCAGGGUGUUGAGAGCACUUAAGACUGUAUCCAUUAUGCCAGGUCUAAAGACUAUCAUCAACGCGCUGUUGCACAGCUUCAAGCAACUUGCCGAAGUAAUGACGCUGACGAUUUUCUGCCUGAUGGUUUUUGCACUGUUCGCUUUGCAGGUUUAUAUGGGAGAACUUAGGAAUAAGUGUGUGAAGAAUCAAGAUCUGAACGCCACGCAAAUCGACUGGUUCGAGUGGACUUGGAACUCAUCCAAUUGGGCGUUCAACGAGGACGAAGAGCCAAUCAUCUGCGGCAAUGUAACCGGCUCCAGACACUGCAACGAGAGCUACACUUGCCUCUGCGUUGGCCCUAAUCCAAACCACGGUUACACCAACUUCGAUAAUUUCCUGUGGUCAAUGCUCACCACCUUUCAGCUGAUUACCCUGGAUUACUGGGAGGACGUCUACAACAAGGUGUUGUCGGCCUGCGGACCCAUUAGCGUGUCGUUCUUCACGGUGGUCGUAUUCUUCGGAUCGUUCUACCUGCUGAACCUAAUGCUGGCCGUCGUGGCGUUGAGUUAUGAAGAAGAGGCCGAGAUCACGAAUGAGGAGCGGAGGAAAGACCUGACGGACCAUCGCGAGGACUCGACAUUCAGUUUCGACCCGUCGAAGAUCAAUAUCAAGACCCUGACGAAGGACAAGCAGAAGAGGAUAGACGCUCGUAAGGGAGUCUUGCUCAGCAGUUACACGAGGAAAAAAACGCGCAGAAGAAAGCGCGGGAGGAGCAGCGCCGGUCAAGAGAGAAACGGUGGCGCACGCAGCAGGUCUGUGACGCCGAGCCCGAGCCCCAGCCCGAGGCACUCCAGCGUGCGACCUUCGCACCUGCCGCUGCAGAACGUGAGCCCGAGGCCGCCGGAGCCUCACCGGCUGGUGCCGAACCGGCUGCACUCGAGGCAGGCCAGCAACAACAGCAAUCAGCAGUCGUCGUUGGACGACUCGGGCGUGGUGGACGACCACGACGGCGACGACGUCACGUCCGCCGAGGAGCACGCCGAGAAGCGCGAGUCGCGGGAGCAUCGCGGAGCCGAGAGGCAGGAGAAGUCCCCGAGGGAGCACGGCAAGGUUGGCCAGGCGGCUACGCCGCGGCCGGACUGCCCGGCGGCGCCGGUCACCGUCUCGGUGAGGACCGGCAACCGGGAGAUCCGCGUGCUCAAGUGCAACGGGGUGAAAACCAAGAAACAUAUGUACGCGCUGCCGCCAGAGUACCUGUCGCACAUUGUAGUUUUAGAUGAUCUUCCAGAUAGAAACUGCGAUAGGUGUAUUCAAUGCUGCGUAGAUUACGAAGGAUGGCUCCGAUUUCAGAAUUGCCUGUACAAGGUGGUGAGAGAUCCCCUGUUCGAGUUAAUGAUCACCCUCUGCAUCGUGCUGAACACCGGCUUCCUGGCGAUGGAGCACCACGGCAUGAGCGAGUCGGUACGACAGGCGCUCAACAUCGGCAACAAGGUAUUCACCAGCAUCUUCACGUUCGAAUGCUUCCUGAAGCUCCUGGCGCUGAGCAAGGACUUCUUCAACAAUGGCUGGAACAACUUCGACCUGAUCAUCGUCUCCGCGUCGCUCAUCGACUUGACGUUCGAGCUGGUGGACGGUCUGUCGGUGAUACGCGGCCUCAGACUGCUGCGCGUCCUCAAGCUGGCGCAGUCGUGGACGACCAUGAAGGUCCUCCUCAGCAUCAUCAUCUCGACGAUCGGCGCGCUCGGUAACCUGACGUUCGUGCUGGUGAUUGUCAUCUACAUAUUCGCGGUGAUCGGCAUGCAGCUGUUCAACAAGGACUACACGCCCGACAAGUUCUACCCGGACCCGGUGCCGCGCUGGAACUUCAACGAUUUCUUCCACUCGUUCAUGAUGAUAUUCCGCAUCCUGUGCGGCGAAUGGAUCGAGCCGCUGUGGGACUGCAUGCGAGCGGAAAAGGACAACGGCCCGGGCACCUGCUUCGCCAUCUUCCUGCCGGCUCUGGUGAUGGGCAACUUUAUGGUGCUCAAUCUCUUUCUCGCCUUGCUGCUCAACAGCUUCAAUUCCGAGGAGCUGAAGCAGAAGAAGGAGGAGGUCGGCGAAGAGUCGAAGCUCGCUCGUUCGUUUGACCGUAUCAGAUCGAUCGUGCGUAAGCAGAAGCAUCGGAAGGAGAACUCGGAGAACGAGAAGAACAUACGAUUGGAACAGAUCGUGCGCGAGGUAAUGGACAAGUCCGACAAGGAGAAGUACGCGAUCCAGGAGACCGUGCUGAGCCUUCCCAAAGACAAUAUUUACAAUAGAUCGUAUCAGGAGAGCCUCAAUCAGCCCUUCACGUAUGACCCGAUCUACCGUCAGGCCACGCUGACCACCUACAGCCAGAGCAGCCAGGAGACGGUCAAAGAGAACAAGAAGCUGUCCGAAAAAGGCAACAGCAACGAGACCAAUCCCGAGGAGAGCAUAGAGCUGGAGGUGCUCAAGGACACCGGCAAGCCGGACGAGGAAGUAGCCAUGUUGCCGGAAGAGAAGCCACCGGCGAGGAACGAGGAGCGCAUACAGAAACGUCCCUGGCACGCUCUCGUGAGUUACGUGGACGAGCUGACGGUCGGAGGCAGGAGAGACAGUAAAGGGAGGUACAUCGACGGGAUGGGCUCGUUCCCGGGGUUUGGCAGGAACAAGGAACACAAGGAGCCGCUGGAUUGUUUUCCCCAACAUUGUUACCAGAAAUGUAGCUGUAUCAACCGUUGCCUCGCCACGGACAUCGGCAGGAAGUGGAUAAGGGUCCGUACGGUCGUCCUGUCGGUGGUGGACACGCCCGCCUUCGAAUGGAUGAUCUUAGUUUUAAUUUUCGCAUCUUCCAUAACGCUGUGCUUCGAGGACAUCUACUUAGACGACAAUCCUUUUUUGAAGAAGAUUCUCUAUUGGACCAAUCUUGGCUUCUGCGCACUUUUCAGCGUCGAGAUGCUCCUGAAAUGGCUAGCCCUAGGCUUCUGUAAAUACUUCACCAGUUUCUGGACAAUCCUGGAUUUUAUAAUCGUUUUCGUAUCCAUGUUUAGUCUUUUGAUAGAAGAAAAUGAAAACCUCAAAGUAUUACGAUCGCUGAGAACGCUGCGCGCCCUGAGGCCACUUAGGGCGAUCUCAAGAUGGCAAGGCAUGAGGAUCGUAGUGAACGCGUUGAUGUAUGCGAUACCUAGUAUAUUCAACGUGCUCCUCGUGUGCCUCGUGUUCUGGCUGAUUUUUUCGAUAAUGGGCGUCCAAUUCUUCGGCGGCAAGUUCUACAAGUGCAUCGACGAGGACGGGGAACUGCUGGACGUCUCGAUAGUGAAUACCAGGGAAGAAUGCUUCAGCAAGAAUUACACUUGGGUGAACAGCAAGAUCACUUUCGACCACGUUGGCGUCGCUUACUUGGCCUUGUUUCAAGUGGCGACCUUCGAAGGAUGGAUGGAAGUGAUGGAAGACGCUGUCGACGCGAGAGGUGUGGACCUGCAACCGCAGAGGGAAGCGAACUUGUACGCUUACCUCUACUUUGUCAUUUUCAUCGUCUGUGGUUCAUUCUUCACGCUCAAUCUCUUUAUCGGAGUGAUCAUAGACAACUUUAAUAUGCUGAAGAAGAAGUACGAAGGUGGGGUGUUAGAAAUGUUUUUGACCGAGAGUCAAAAACACUACUACACUGCCAUGAAAAAGCUAGGCCGUAAAAAGCCGCAAAAAGUAAUAAAACGUCCGAUGAACCAAUUCCUCGCAAUGUUCUACGACCUGUCCAAUUCUCGCAGAUUCGAAAUAGCUAUCUUCGUUUUGAUAUUUCUCAACAUGCUGACGAUGGGAAUCGAGCAUUACAAUCAGCCCCAUCCCGUCUUCUUCGUCCUCGAAGUGUCGAACGCGUUUUUCACGACUGUCUUCGGCCUGGAGGCGAUCGUCAAGAUAAUAGGUCUGCGUUACCAUUACUUCACGGUGCCGUGGAACUUAUUCGACUUCCUACUGGUACUGGCGUCCAUCCUGGGUAUACUGAUGGAAGACAUCAUGAUAGAUUUCCCUGUGUCCCCGACGCUCUUGCGAGUCGUGAGGGUGUUCAGAAUUGGUAGAAUCUUGAGGCUCAUUAAAGCCGCGAAAGGUAUCCGUAAGCUGCUCUUCGCCCUUGUCGUCAGUCUUCCAGCGCUCUUCAACAUCGGGGCCUUGCUGGCCUUGAUCACGUUCAUCUACGCCAUCAUCGGCAUGUCCGUUUUCGGACACGUCAGGAAACAAGGCGCAUUGGACGAUAUGGUGAAUUUCGAAACCUUCGGUAGUAGCAUGCAGCUGUUGUUCCGUUUGAUGACCUCGGCUGGGUGGAACGAUGUGCUGGAGUCGCUGAUGGCGCAACCACCAGAAUGCGACUCCACUCCGAACAGUCGACAGAUGAACGGAGAUUGCGGAUAUCCUUUACUGGCGAUCACGUACUUCACCUCGUUUAUCAUCAUCAGCUACAUGAUAGUCAUCAAUAUGUACAUCGCCAUCAUCUUGGAGAACUUCAAUCAAGCUCAUCAGGAGGAGGAGAUUGGCAUCGUCGAGGAUGACUUGGAGAUGUUUUACAUCCGAUGGUCGAAGUACGAUCCGCACGCAACUCAAUUUAUCAGCUUUUCCCAGCUGAGCGACUUUAUAGCGAGCCUGGACCCGCCGCUGGGGAUAUCAAAGCCCAACGUGGUGGCGUUGGUCAGCUUUAAUCUUCCCAUCGCAAAGGGUAACAAGAUUCAUUGUCUGGACAUUCUCCACGCGCUCGUCAAGCACGUUCUUGGGCACGUCGAGGAAUCGGAUGACUUCAGGAAGCUACAGGACCAGAUGGACGUCAAGUUCAAGAAGCAAUUUCCGACUAGGAAAGAAUUAGAGAUAGUGUCUUCCACGAGAAUCUGGAAACGGCAAGACAAAGCUGCCAGGUUGAUUCAGCACUCUAUAAGAGAGUUCAUUGCGAUGAAGAGGGAGCGCGAGAGAAUCGCCCAGGAAGUGGACUCUCAGACGCAGACGUCGAGUCCGGGUGGCGUGGACGGUAGAGGCGGAAGUGGAUGGGGCGGUAAGCUGUCGGCCCUUCUGCAUGUGCAUCGGGGUAGCCGGGCAAGUAGCCGCAAGUCCUCCAGGGCCAGCGACGCUAGCGACCUCAGCGAACUCGGGACUGCCUCGGCAUGGCUGUUCCCUAAUCUUCCUCUGCUGUUGCUCUCCGGCGCCACAGGAACCCACGAGGACCUGCAACCCCCGGCUCUGACCGUAUCCCGUCCCUCGCCGACCACCGAACAGCCCUCCGCCGCUUCCAGCUCCGGCUCGGACUCCCACGUCACCGUCAGGUCACUGGGCCCUACGCUGGGUCGGCAGGAUGCAGUGGAGAAGUACCCGGAGGAGGACGUGGUCAGUCCGCCGAUCUCGAAGCGUGGCUCCUUGCGGCCGAGCGGCACCACGCUCUCGCUCAACACGCUGCAACGGGACAUCAAGGAGGCGUUUAACCGGCGCUGCAGCAGCCUGAGGCGACGGGCGCCGCCGCCGGAGCCGGUGCAGCUGCCGGUCGACGGCAGCGACGUGAGCAUCCUGGUGACGGAGCCGAGCCCGGAGAACACCGCGCCGCCGUCGAGGCCGCCGCUGCUCAGGCAGCAGUCCGAGGCGACGGUGGUGCACGUGCUGGUGCACAGAGAGAGCGAGGAGUAUCAGGACACGCCGGACGACAGCUGAUCCUAGUCGACGCGGUCAGAGAGACCCCCGACGACGAUGUAACCUCGCGGUACGACAAUGCUAGGCGAUAAUGGCGGCGACGGCGGCGGCGGCGGCGGCAGCGGCCGUGGCGGCUGCGGCGCGACUCAGUGAUAGUAAAUAUGUAGAGAGACGUACAUUGUAGACUUUUCACAACACAGAUCAAUCUAACUAGGUAGGACGGCCCGCGCGCGCGCGCGCGCGCGCUAGCGUGGCUUCUUCAGGGCGAGUCUCCUCGAAUCGCCGGGCGCGACGUGUAUGUAUGUUUCGUCGAAGUGUCGGAUCGGCACUGACUCUGUGGCACGUGUGGCGAUGGUUCUCGACCGCGACGCGAUCCGAUGAUGCGGGGGAGGUUCUGCUGCCGAACGUGGUGCAGAGGAUAGAUUCUUCGCUAAAUCCUUUCUCGCUGAUCUCCGGAAUGAGAAUAUGCCGGCGAUACGCGAUGCCUCUUUGCUCCGCUAGAGACAAAACCUAGCUGAGAAUCGCGGUCGGAUCGGACGACCGCGUCGUGAUUACCAACACAAUGCCAAUCGAUGAUCGUUCACAAGCGUGUCCGUGAGGUUCAAUGCCCACGGGCAUGACGUUACCUUGCUUCUGACGGGGAAGAAGCGAUUCUUACGUUAUUUCGAGGACUCUAUCCGUGACAAACUGCUGUGAGAUUUUUUAAACGUCCGCCUAAUCAAGGCGCAUAGCUGUCGGGGCAUUCUCGCUUCAAUGUCGCGAGGAGAAGGUCGAGAGCCAUUCACAUCGAGAAACGAAGAAAGGGACAAGGACGAGAUUGAGAAAACACAAAGAUUUUCGACAAAGAUUUUUUCCAUUGCGAUAGAAAACGGGACAGAGGUCGUUGGAGGAACACGUUCUAAUCGUUUUCACGUUGACAUGACGUUACUGUUCGACGGCGGGGAAAGAGGGAAAAAGAUAUGCGCGACAAUACUGAGUUCCUCUGACGGCGAAAGAGUAAAAAUGAAUUACCAGCGUGGCGGAAAUACCAGACGUAGCCGUUUUCAGAAAACAAGAACAAUACCAGUAAUAUUUACGGCAUUAUUAUAUCUCGACAAAAAGAGUUGACCCGCGACAUUAGAAGUGCGCGCGUGUAUGCGUGUGUGUGUGUGUAUGUGUGUGUGCGUGUGCGUGUGCGUGUGCGUGUGCGUGUGCGUGUGCGCGCGCGCUUGUGUGUGUACAUAAUAGCGUAACGGAUACAAUUAACUACAUUAUGAAUUUUUGCUACGUAAAAGAAUUCACACAUUGACGUGAUGAUCGACGAAUCAUUAUUACUGUCGUAAGUUCUAAGGGCAAUUUAAUGCUUUCUUCUUCCAGAGGGACACUUUAACGAUACGAAUCUUGACCGCACCUUAACCGCGCGUUUCUGACACCACUCGGUCGUACCGGUCAAUAAAGAAAACUGUACGCGGCACCCAGUUUGCCUUUAGCGAUUUCCUCUACGCCGUGUAAUUAGCAUAUAGCGUGUAUAUAAAGCAGAGAGGUACAGCGCAUUAACUGCGAUAAAUCAGAAACAUAAUUAUACCGUGAUUGAUUGCACUAGACUCAACGUACAAACAAACGCAAUCAACGCUAGUCGUAAAUUAUCGAUGCUACUGCGACAUUCGAGUUUAUUCCAUAAUUACCGCUACUAAUCAACUACCAGGAUAGAUACCACAGAGCCAAAUCGUACAUCAACGUUCACGCGACUGACCUUUUUUUCUGAGACAGCGACUAUUUCUAGUAAGUUGCGCUACUCUGGUAAGAACAUGCUUUUAUCGCAAUCGUUAGUUUGCCUUCUCGAUUUCAAUUUCGAACAGAAAAGAAAGAAAAAAAGAAAACAAUAAUUUAGCUAUUCAAUAGCGCGUUGGGCGUUUACACGUAAACAACAAUCACACACACGAGUAACUGCAGAUAAUUAGAAUCUCAAACGUUGAAAUCCCAGAUUGGAAAUAAUUUUGAGAUAAUUGGAAUAUAUCCAAGUUUUCGAAUGUAAUUAUCGGGGGCGAUUGGAGUUACCAAUUAUCUCAUUAGCCGCGAAAUCGAUCUCAAUCUCUUGCUUAUGCGAAACGGCAUAUUUCGGCGUUGCUUUAUUUAAUUCCAUUGCAUUAUCAGGCUCAUCGCCCGAAUUAGCUUCUUACAACACUGAUUUCACGCGGCUUUUCAGUGAAUGAGAGAGCGAUGUAUUUGCACUCACGUGUACAUAUAGGAGAGGCUCUCCUCGGUACGAAACUACCUAAUCGAAACUACCUUUUUACUGACUCUACAUUUAUACGUUACGUAAUCCUUGUCUCUUACAUCGUAAUUAAGAGUGGUCGGACCAAAUAUGGGCACAUUCGACUCUGUUGAACGGUGUUUUCUUCAAAAAAAAUGGAAAAAGAGAACCUAGAUCGUUAGCACGUAGAUAACGCAGACCGCCCGGAGUUUGCUACGAAGAACGAAUUUUACCAGUAUACAAAAAAAAGAGUACUGCCUCAAAUCUUAGAGUAAAAUUACUCGCGUCACACUAACGGCGAGGAAGGUCGUAAACGAAUAAAAAGGAAAGAAAAGGAAAGAGAAAAAGCGAACAAAACAAAGGCGAAGAUAAUGGUGGCUCCCUUCGGUGAUCGUGAUUAUAUUGUCGUAUAACCAAAGUCACAACCGAUUCCGUUUCUCACAUUCACUCAUAUUUUGGAAUUCUCGCGAACCAGUUGUCGUAAUCGCGAGACGAUGGCUCGAUCAGCUGAUCGCAGUGUAUCAGUCGACGACAGAGUUGGGGGUUUACGCUUAAUCAACGACGGGACGGCUCUUUGGAAAAAUAAUACUUCAAAAUUAACAAAACGAUCAAUUCGAGACUCGAGAAAGCGACUACAAUCUGCGACGAUUCAGCUGCUCAGACAUUAAUCGUCCCGUCAUUAUUCAAACGACUUAAUCGACUCAACCAAGAUAUCUUUCUCAACGGCUCGUAUCGACCCGGGAUAUCAUCCCCCCCCCA